AUGUCCGCCUUCACAGAUGACCCUUCAGAAAACCACACUGACUGUCAGCACCAGCUGGAAGCUGCCCUCCUGGGCCUGGGCCAGUUCCAGAACCAGCUGGAGGAGCUUCUGCAGUGGCUUCUGCACACCCGGGCGCAGCUGCAGGGCCCUCCGACCCUCAGCCUGGACCUGCAGACCUGCGAGAUCGAGCUGGCCAAGCACAAGGUCCAGGAUCUCACCCUGGAGGUCACGGAGCUGCUACAGUGGCUGGAACACGUGGAACUGCAGCUCUUCUUCUCCAAGCCCCUUGGUGCCCCCCCCGAAACCACCAAGGACAAGCUGGCCGCACACGGGGAACUCUGCAAAGAGAUGGACUCCAGGCAGCAAGCGUUCCACACCCUCCGAGAGCAGGUGCGGCACCUUCUGGCCACCCGCCACCUGCCCCGGGGGGCUUCCAGCACGGAGCACAGCCUGAGCCUCUUGGAGCAAAAGUGGGCCUCUGUCUCCAGCCCCUGGCAAGAGAGGAAGGAGCAGCUCAGCGAAAGCCUGACCGUGACCACGGAAUUCCACUCCACCGUCCAGGAGCUGCUGAAGUGGGUGGAGAAGAUGGAGGAGCGCCUAGGCACCCUCCCCCCGCCCAGCUACAUCCUCGACACCGUCACCCACCAGAUACAGGAGCAGAAGGCCCUGAUGAAGGAGGCCCAGAAGCAGAGCGAGAGGGUGGAGGGCCUGGAGGAGGCGGCCGCCCGGGUGAAGGACCUGAGCCGGCCGCAGGAAGGCACCGUCGCCCACAGCCUGGCGCUGAGCGCCAAGGAGCGGCUGGCCAAGGUGCUGCAGGAGCUGAGCGACCAGGGCGGGGCCCUGGACGAGGCCCGCAAGGGGGCCAAGCAGUUCCACGAGUCGUGGCAGCUGCUUAUGGACUGGCUGGAACAGGUGGAGCUGCCCGGGGACCCUGGUGCCACUGCUGCCGUGGCUGCCGCCACUGCCCUCAGCCAGGAGGGGAUCCGGGCCCUUCUAGCAGAGCACAAGGAGUUCCAGAAGGUGCUGUGCGCCAAGCGGCCCGUCUAUGAGGCCACCCUGCGGAGCGGCCGCCUGAUCCGCGAGAAGGCCCGGCGGCCGGAGGACACCCAGCGGCUGGAGGAGAUGCUGCAGGAGCUGAAGGCGCGCUGGGACGGGGUGUGUGGCUGGGCGGCUGAGAGGCAGUGCAAGCUGGAGGAGGACCUGCUCUUCUCCGGGCGCUUCACUGACGCCCUGCAGACGCUCAUGGACUGGCUCUACCAGGCAGAGCCCCAGCUGGCCGAGGAGACGCCGGUGGCUGGGGACCGAGACGUGGUCGGCACCCUCAUGGACAAGCAUAAGGUCUUUCAGAAGGAGCUGGGCCAGCGGGCCAGCUGCAUCAAGACCCUGAGGCGGUCUGUGCGGGACCUGAUGCGGGGCGGCGGCUGGGACUCCCAGUGGCUGCAGAGGCAGGUGGAGGAGCUGGGCCAUCGCUGGGAGCUGGUCUGCCAGCUCUCUCUCUCUAAGCAGGACCGGCUGGAGGCUGCGCUCAGGCAGGCCGAGGAGUUCCACCGCCUGCUCCACUCGUUCCUGGGCCGCCUGGCCGAGCUGGAGCGGUCGGUCAAGCGCACGGCCCUUCCGACGGACGAGGCAGCCCUGCGCGAAGGCCAGCAGCAGCUCACGGAGCUGAGGCAGGGGUUGCAGUGCCAGCAGCUGGAGCUGGAGUGCCUGGUCUCCCUUGGGGAGGAGAUCCUGAGCGCCUGCCACCCGGAUGCCGUGAUCCCGCUCCGGUCCUGGGUCGCCGUGGCCAAGAGCCGCUUCCAGGAGGUGCUCAGCUGGGCCAAGCAACAGGAGGAGCAGCUCCAGGCGCGGCUGGCCUCCGUGGUGGCUGAGCAGGAGGAAGUGGCGCAGCUCCUCGACUGGAUCGGGGCCGCCGAGGAGGCCCUGAGUCUCCGGGAACAAGAGCCUCUGCCGGAGGAUGCCGAGCAGCUGGAGGAGCUCAGCGCUCAGCAUGCGGUGUUCAUGGAGGAGCUGAACCGCAAGCAGCCAGAGGUGGAGAAGGUCACCCAGAGCGGCCGGCACAAAGUCCCUAAGGAGCUGGGGUUGGCAACCGCCCCCCGGAAGCUGUCUUCCCCUAGAAGAGUUUGCACACUUUGACUUUGCGGUGUGGCGGAAGCGUUACAUGCACUGGAUCAGCCAGAUGAAAUCGCGGGUCCUGGACGUGUUUCGGGGCAUCGACAGGGACC